GCCAUGAAGUGCCAGCUGAGCCCGCGCCUGCUGCUGCUGCCCGUCCUGGUGUCGCUGGCGCUGCUGGGGCUGCGGGUGCAGCGCUUCGCCGAGGAACCCGUCACCACCACCCCCGCCCUGGCCGGCGGAGAGGCCGCCGAUCGGCAGCGCCGGGCCGGGCCGGGUUUCCAGUGGCACGGGGCGGCGGGCGCCCGCGGCAACGCCACGGUCAAGCCGCCCCCCACCCGGCACCCGCUGCAGCCCCCCUACCCUUACCCCUACCGCUUCCUCCUCAACGAGCCCCACAAGUGCCGGGACCAGACGCCCUUCCUGGUGCUGCUGGUGGUGACGGAGCCGGGGGACACGGCCGGCAGGAGCGCCAUCCGGCAAACCUGGGGCAACGAAAGCUCGGUGCCGGGGGUCUCCAUCCUCCGUCUCUUCCUCCUCGGCGUUCACCCGGUGUUCCGGCAGGAGCUGCGGCCGGUGCUGGAGGAGGAGAGCCUUCUCCACCACGACAUCCUCCAGCAAGACUUCUUGGACACCUACAACAACCUGACGUUGAAGACGCUGAUGGGCAUGGAGUGGGUGAGCAAGCACUGCCCCAACGCCAGCUACGUGAUGAAGGCCGACCGCGACGUCUUCCUCAACCUGGGUUACCUGGUACGGCAAUUCCUCAUUCCCCCCAAGAAGAACUUCAUGACCGGUUACAUCUACCGCAACACGGGGCCGCUGCGCAACAAGGGCUACAAGUGGUACGUGCCCCACGAGGUCUACCCCAACAACACCUACCCGCCCUACUGCGGCGGACCCGGCUACGUCCUCUCCGGGGAUUUGGCAAGCAAAAUCUACGGCGUCGCCCAAACUUUGUCCGUCAUCAACAUGGAGGACGCCUUCAUGGGCAUCUGCCUGCACGCGCUGGGCAUCGGCGUCACCAACAGCCCUUGGGGCGUCUUCAACAUGUACCGGAUCGAGUACGAGAAGUGCCGGUUCUCCCGGUUGGUGAUGGUCCAUCACUACGAGCCCGAGCAGCUGCUGAAGCUCUGGCCCGGCUUCCAGGAGCCGAAGAUGACGUGCCACCGCUAGCCGCGGCUGGAGGGCCCAGCCGUGCCGGGCACCGGAGCCAUCCCGCAGCCCCAGCGGCGGGUACCGCUGUCCUCCCCGCUGUGCCGAGACUCGCCGGCUUCAUCCCCUCCGGUGACUUUCUGGCCAGUCUCCGGCUCUCAAGCAGCCGCUUGGGGCCGUCUCCAAACCUCGGGUCUCUCGGGGACCCCCCGCCCCUACCGGGGACGGUUUCCACCCCCCCAUUUUGAGCCACCAGCUGGUUUGCACUGCUGGAGCCGAGAGCUUUGCUCGCCGGACCAGCCACUUCACUUCAUUAGAUCUUUUUAAUAUUAUUAGUAGUAGUAUUGAUUUUUUUUUUUCUGAGCCAGCUGGUCGCGGUGGUCCAGGACCCCACCAGCAGUAAAGCUGUGCCCGCAUUAAGUUAUGGCUGAUAUUUAUAAUAAAAGGCUGAAGCCAGCCGGAGCAA